AAACGACACUUCAUUUCAGCCACCAACUCGGUAGCACCUUUGUGACUACAUUCAAGCUAUGAACAUUCGGCCAGCACGGGUAGAAGACCUCAUGGGCAUGCAGGCAUGCAACCUGCAGAAUCUGCCCGAAAACUACACCAUGAGAUACUACUUGUACCAUGCAUUGACGUGGCCACAACUCUCUUACGUGGCGGAGGAUAACAAGGGUCGGAUAGUGGGGUACAUUCUCGCCAAAAUGGAGGAAGAUGUAGAAUCUGGUGAAGAGCCUCAUGGACAUGUCACUUCUAUCUCAGUGUUGCGAUCCUACCGUCGAUUGGGGUUGGCGAAGAGGUUGAUGGUGCAAUCCCAGGAAGCCAUGGCUACGGUAUAUAAAGCAGCAUAUGUCUCACUACACGUCCGCAAGUCGAACCGUGCUGCGCUGAGCCUGUACCGAGACACACUCGGCUUCACCGUGAAGGACAUCGAAAAGAAGUAUUAUGCCGACGGAGAAGAUGCAUAUGCUAUGCGCCUUUCACUGAAACAUCUCGCGCGAUGAACCGCGUACCGUGCACGUUAUUGUGUAUCAGAAUUGCUAGAUCAUGCGGAAUUCAUGAGCGUGCGCAGGUGUCAGCUGCCUCAAUGGUGGGAUAUGGUCCGAACAUCAGUCUGACGGCAUGCUGAGGAUGUGACUGAGCCAAUGCUGAUGGGCUGAUAUCCGAGAGCCUGCGUCUGAAAUACUGUUGCCCCUUGGAUACUACAUCGUCCUAGUCCCGACGACAUGAACAUCCG